CAACACUAGCCUUGAAUGAAGGAAUUUUAAGAAAUAGAAAGAAGUCGCUAAUUUAUGCUAGACGGCGUCUUUAUUUUGAGUUUCAAUUUCCAUUGCCUAACUUUAUAAGAGUUUCGAAACAUUAUACAGUGCCCUUGAAAUAUACUACAUUCAGUUUCGAUUCUAAAACCAGGCAAAAUGGGGGACCAGCAAUUUUUCUUAAAAUGGAAUGAUUUUCAAACUAAUAUGGUGACGUCGUUCAGGCAUUUGAGAGACGAAAAGAGCUUUACAGAUGUUACGUUGGCAUGUGAGGGACAGACAUGUAAAGCGCACAAAAUGGUAUUAUCUGCAUGUAGUCCGUACUUCAAAAGCUUAUUAGAGGAGAACCCAUCGAAGCACCCGAUAAUAAUCCUAAAAGACGUGUCAUACCUGCACCUGCAGGCGAUAUUGGAGUUUAUGUACGCGGGAGAAGUCAACGUUUCGCAAGAACAGCUGCCCGCAUUCCUUAAGACCGCCGCGAGGCUCAAGGUGAAAGGUCUCGCCGAGCCGCCCCCGCAGAUGCCUAACAUCAAAAGAGAAGGCUAACCCACCGUAAGUGCAAGUGCCCUAAAGACUCUAGUGAACGUAACACCAAUGUAACAUACCAUACAGAACACAAUUCUAUUUUUAAACUUUUAGAUAUCGUGGUGAUAGACAAGAUUUUUUUUUUUAUAUAGAACUAAUCGGGCCUGAGGAGAAGAAAUAUCAUAAUGCACCCCAUUUUUUUUUUCUAUACCCGACCAAAUUUUGUACGCGGCAGUCAUUUAAUAUAGUGACGUAAUUUUGACUUCAACUAGAACUAAAAAUAAUUUAACAGUACCAUAUAUUCUUCAGUCCUUGAAACUAACGUUGACCCUUUUUUUUUAAACAACACUAUCGUUCUCAAACGAUUACUAUAGAAAUUUGAAUAAGAAGAAUUUAUGACAUUGCACUGUUAUGUCAGAAAAUUUUCAUUGACGUAGCAAGGUACAUUUAAAUAGUUUUUUUUAAAUUAUGCUUGUGACAAGCUUUAAGCGGUAGUGCCUUUUCAAACCUUGAUUUAAUUUUUUUAACUUAGUAGUACUAAACACAGUUCAUUAAUUCAAAUAGUAUUUUAUUAAUGGAAGUUUUUAACGGUUUUAAUUCUUAUCUUUUGCCAGAAUAGGGAAUCUAUUGUGUAUUAGAAACAUUUGAAUUAUGAAAUAAAAAGAGAGAGGGAAGAUAAGCGAUAUGUCAACGUUUGUGAAUAACCGCGCUUUGUGUUUGUAAGGACACAAAAGCACUUGAUUUAAACAAUAAUUCGUCUAAUAAUGAGAUGUAGCAAAUGACAGAAGCAUUUCUUACACCACAGAUAAUUAUAUCUUAAAGUUUUAUGACAUUCAGUAUGUUUACCAAAUCCAACUGAAUAUAUAUUGAUAUUUUUUUAGGUGUAAUUAGUAUAAUCAUACUCAUAUCAGAAUUUCAUAAAUUAUCUAGGAUACUAAUUUGACGAAAGCUUUAGAAAUUUUCACCACACAUUUUUCUAUAGCGCUGUUUAAAUUUCGAAACCCCUUUAUGAACUGUAAAUGUGUUCAAGGGUUUAUAACAAUAAUAAUUACAUAAAUACAAAUUUCAAAAUUCUCAAUAGAAAUGAUCUGCAUUUUGCUACCCAAUUAUAGUCUAUAUUUAGAUAUAGUUGUAUGUUUUACCGCAAAAGGCAUUGAUGUGCUAGCAUAGAGGUUAAUCUUUUAAUAUCUCCCCUCCAUAAGUUACCUUACUACCAAAGUAUUUAGAAUAUAACCUGGUCCUUAACCAUCACGUCUUGGUCGCCUAAAGUGCUGUUAAGUAAAAAGCAUAAAUAAAAUAUGCUAAAUGAAUUUUAAAAAUAAUAGAACCUAUUUUUUAAUAUUAAGUUUUGGAUAAAACUAUCUGCAUAAUCAGUUUAUAACCACCCAAAGUUCCCAAUUUAGAAUUUUAUAUAAUCCAUAUAUGCUUAACUAAAUUCAGACUUCCUAAAAAUAAUUCAGUCAGACAGGUGAAAUACUAAUUAACAAGUUGCUUAGUUAUAAUUUAUUUUAUAUAAAAAGAGAGUGUAGUGUUUCUGAAAAAGAACUUAAUAAUGAGCCGUAGACACAAACUGUCUUACCCUGAAUCGUGAUCACAGACCCCCGGAUUCUCCCUAAAGGUCGCAACCAGAACUAACGCAAAAGCUAUAGUUUAAGUAUUGCUCUUUUUGUAUUUAAUAUUCCUCUAAAAAUCAUAACUUACCAGCACUUUAGGAUUUUUUUAACUAUGCUAACAUAUCAAUGUGACGUAGUUCUAUCCACCAAUGGUUGCCUUACGAUUAUUUACUCAUAAUAAUGUUGCAUGCCAAUUUAUAGACCACUAAAGGACGCCUACGUUAAACGAAAAAUCACCAUUAUAUCCGUUCCCGCAGGAAAUCCUCUCUUAGCGCACCCCUAGACCUCAUAAGAACCGACACGCCAAAUUUCAAGUCUUUAAUAUUUACUGUUCGUCUUUCACUUUCUAUCUUUUAUAUAGGUAUUUAGAUUUAAAACCUAAAAUACCUUAAUAGAUUUCGAACCUAAUGAAUGUUUGCCAACGUUUAAUUUUUAAAAGCAAUUAAUAUUGCUUACUAUAAUUAGUAUCAUAUGUAUUUCAGUUCUUUUCAGAUAGGUUCGUUCGUGCAUUUUUUUUUGUAAGAUUGAGGCAUGAUAAGGGUCGUUAUGAAGUUAAUAUUUAAAAUCUGUUCUUAUUUACGUUUUAAAAUGUUCGCUACUAGAUGGCAGCACUGUGACGUCAUUUGCAAUCCACUGUUGUUAUUGGACCACCACUUGACAGGAUAUUUUGCUUCGAUAAAAGUGAUUAAUAGCAAAGUUCUUCUCAAGCUCUGUCCAUUCUUUUCUAUACUUUUAAAUAUUUUUAUUUCCUGCUAAGAACGUCUUCAAACAAAUUUUUAUUUUUAAACAAACAUUUAUUUUCCAUAGGGUUAUUUCAUUGUGAUGCCAUCUGGUGUUUCGCAAUUUUUUUAAACCAAGAAAAUGUAACACAUGUGGAAAAUUUUCGAGGUUAUAUUCUUCCCAUCUAGACGUUACUUCUUUUUUUGGUUUUUCAAGUCGGUUAUAUUUUCAUGUUAAAAACUCACGAACAUUUUUAGUGAAAGUUUUAUAUAACAUUAAAAUUUCAGCAUAUACAGUCAUUGCAAUGUUUAAUACAUUUUGGCCGAAUUGCUAAAUUAAUAUAUUUCAUAAAAAAAUUGACAUGCAACAUAUAAUAAACUGUCACUUGCUUAUAGAAAUGUAGGUGUUAAACAAUGUGUUUAAAUAUACAUAAUAGACGAGCUAUGUAUAUAUUUCUAUUCUUAUGAUCUUGACGUCAUAACAUCAAAAUGGCUAAUACAUAUGUGGCGGACGUAGGUAUAGAUGGAGGCAAAUAAAUCUGAACAUAUGACGUUAAGUUUUUAAACAAAGGACAACAUGUUUAUCCAUUGAAGUAUAUAAACAACCUGCCACCAAGUUUUAAAGUAUAUAUGAACUGAAGAUGUAUUGGUAAAAUAGUCAUCUGGGUUUUUCCAAUUAAAAUCUAAAUUUUGAUAUUUUACAGUAUGUACUUCCAUGAGCUAUAUGAAAAAAAAACAUAUAAUAUCAGAAAAAAAUCGUACCACUUUUUUGUCAUUGUUUUUAUUUAUAUUCCCAUAGAUUCCAUUGUAAUUACAAGUAUACAUCCCAAUUUAUUAUUAGGUUAUUUACUGUACGCACGUUAUUUCCAUUUGUUUUCAUCAAGCGUGAAUGCAAAUAUUAGGUCUUAAUUUCGGCACUUGAUUUGAGACGAAUCGGAAAAUAAAAUGACAAAUUGUUAUAUUUGAAUGGUUAUAACUUUUUUGGUGUGUAAGGAAAAUUUUGUAUUUUUUAUUACGUUCUACAAUUUAGUUUGUAUAUUUUUCAUUGCUCGUAUGUGUAAAAUUUUGCAAAAUCAGAAUGCUUUGAAAGAAAAGUAGAAAGUUGAAUAAGUGCAAUUUCUUACAGAAUGAUAAAUGUUGUUGAUCUCAAAGAAAAUCUUGACCACAAAUCCUACACAUUCUUCAGUGGAUUACUUAAAAGUGUUUUGUGCAUGUAAUUUUGAUAACAUUGCAUUCUUCUGUUUGCAAGAUUUCUUAUUUUUAAGCGCUUUCAGCACAAUUUUUUUUUAUUUUGUCGUGCGUAUAGAUAACUAUGCCUUUCUCAACUGCCAUUUUAGGCCUCCCCCUCACACUAGGCGUCUUUCGAGCUCCUAUAGCGACGCCGCGACGGAACUCUCAAGCCAAGACGCUCGAAGGACACCCAGUGUGGGGAGACACUUAGUCCUUAACCAUUACUUUUCAAUAACGAGAGUACCCUUAGAGGAUUGUAAAAAUGUAUAUCAGAAUAUUUUUAGACGACAAAGUAAAGGUAUGUGCUGAAUAAUCAGAAACCUAGUUUGUAAUGAUUGAAAUUAUGAAAGAUUUGUAAUUUUAGAUAAUACAGAAAAUUAAUUAUAAUUAUAAA